CUAGAAAUACUUUUUCAUCAUUUGUUUAGGGUUUGUGAGUUCCAACCUUCCUUGGAUAGAUUUUACCCAAAUAAUCCAGAGGCAGAAUUAUGGAUAAAUUCAAUUAUGGCUAGCCAAAAAAAAAAGCAAGAAAUUGAUUAAAAAGGAAGGAAAAUUAUUGAUAACAACUACACCUGGGGAUAGACAUGGAAGAAACCCACGUCAGAUAAUCUCACACCUAUAAAUUUGAUAGAGAUAAGUAUGUUCAGACAUAUUAUCUUUAGCUUCUACAACUACUUGUUCAGACUGUACACUCGUGUGCUUGGAAUUUGAAACCAUUCUUUCACUCUGCAGUAGCUUCAAACCUUUGUUAAGUCUUCCAUGGCUUCACUUGGCCUUCCUGCAAGGAGGCUUCUCUUUGCUUGCCUUAUGAUCACACUUGUUCUGCAGAUGUGUGCAGAGUCUGCUCAUGCUGCAGAGGCCAAAUCAUUUGGACUGCAAACAAAUGGGAUGUACCGCAGGCUUAUGCAGACAAUUGAUUGUAACGCUAGUUGCACAGAAAGAUGCAAAGCAGCAUCAAGGACUCGUCGAUGCAUGAGAGCUUGUGGAACAUGUUGUGCUAGAUGUAAUUGUGUCCCCCCAGGGACAUAUGGAAACAGAGACACAUGCCCUUGCUAUGCUAACAUGAGAACCCAUGGCAACAAGCUCAAAUGCCCUUAAAAUAUAAGGAAACAUAUUGUCAUGGAAUUUUAAAAUGUUACACAUAAUUUGUAGAUGUUUAUUGUAAACAAAUAAGUACUACAUGGAGAUGGGUACAAAUACUUAUGUCAGAAGUAGAAUGGAGAUCGAUUUAGAGACACUUAUUUAGGAAGCAGAAUGUUGUGAUUGUAAUAAGCUUUGUGUCAAUAAAUGUAAUGUUUGUGUUUUAUAAUAUAAGUUAUUAUUGAAUGUAA